CUCGACUACGCAGCGCCGCACGACUGCCCGCCUCGACCUCACGGUUCCCAACAUACCUUACCCUUGAAGCUGUUCUGCCCCGUGAGCUGUGGCCAAGAUGCCGAAAGGAAAGUGGAUGUACGUAUAGGCCAAGUCAUUUCCUCCGUAAAUACACCAAGUAGCUGACCCCCCUCAAGCGACAAGAAGACGGCGACGCACUUCACGCUGGUGCACCGCCCUCAAAAUGACCCCCUCAUACACGACGAGUCGGCGCCAGCCAUGGUGCUCAACCCGACCCAGCGGGCCAACAAAUCGAAAGGUAAAAGCUUGAGCGACCUGGCCUCCGAGCUCGGCUCCGACGCCCUCAGCGUGCGCGACAACGAGGGCGAGGCGGCCAACUACGGCAUCUACUACGACGACACCGAGUACGACUACAUGCAGCAUCUGCGGGAUUUGGGGCAGGGGUCAGGCGAGGUCGUCUUCGUCGAGGCCAACCCGAUCGGCAACAACAAAAAGAGCAAGGGCAAGGGCAAGCAGAAGCAGCCCUCGCUGGAGGACGCGCUGCGCAAGCUCGACCUGCAGAACCAGUCCGAGGACCUGCUCGACGGCGACAUUCUGCCCAACAAGAACCUGCAGCGGCUCACCUACCAGGCGCAGCAGGACGUGCCCGACGCGAUCGCGGGGUUCCAGCCGGACAUGGACCCGCGCCUGCGCGAGGUGCUCGAGGCGCUCGAGGACGACGCCUACGUGGACGACGACGGCGGCGACGACAUCUUCCAGGAGUUGGUGAAGGACGCGCACGAGCUGAACGAGGACGAGUUCGAGGAGUCGUACGACGACUUCCAGGAUGACGACGGCUGGGAGUCGGACCGCACCGUGAAGGCGACGGGGGAACAACAGCCCAGGGGUGACGACAAAGAAGUGGUGCCGCAGCUCACGGAUGCCAGCGAGGCAAAACCAGGGGAGGGCGCGUCGGACGACUGGAUGGAGGAGUUCAAGAAGUUCAAGAGCGACCAGAAGGCGGGAAAGAAGCCGCGGGCGGCGGCGGCGGCGGCACCGUCGGAGAUUCAAUCAUCAAUAUGGACGACCACGACGAACGGCGGGCGCAGGAAGGCGAGGAAAGGGGCCAUGACGAACCCGUCGACAUACUCCAUGACGUCGUCCUCGCUGGCCAGGACAGAGCAGCUGAGCAUCCUGGACGCGCGGUUCGAGAAGCUCGAGGAGGAGUACAACGCCGACAUGGACGAUCUGGGGUCGGUGUCGGCCGUGUCGACCAUGUCGACGGUGCAGGGACCGACACGGCAGGAUUUCGACGGCAUGCUGGACGAGUUCCUGAACGACUACUCGAUGCACGGCAAGAAGCGGGUGAAGAAGGGCAAGUGGAAGAACGGGUCGGAGCAGUUUGACGAGAUCAGGAAAGCACUGGGGCCGCCGAUCAUUCCGUCGAAGUACCGGUAGGUAGGGUGAGAGAUGAAAUAAGAAAGAUAUGAAUAAUGACCGAUUUUCAACCGC